GAGCUAGGGGAUAUCGUCACGGUGCAUUACAUCGGCCGCCUGGUAGAUGGCAAGGGGUUUGACAACACAAGAGACAGAGAGCCUGUUGAGUUUGAGGUUGGAAGCGGUCGAGUGAUCGAUGGAAUUGAGGAAGCGGUUAUUGGAAUGAAAGAAAGAGAACUGAAGAGCUUAAAGAUACCGUGUGAAAAAGCGUUUGGACCAAUCCGGCUGGAUCUCAUUGUUAAUGUUUCGAAAUCCGAGUGCCCGGAUGAUGUAAUUUUGUUGGGCGGAUACCAACUUGGGAUGAAAGGUCUACGUAUAUUGGUGUCGAACAUUUACUCGGACAAGAUAGAAAUCGAUGGCAAUGUUCCGCUGGCUGGAGAG